GAAUGGCUAGCAUUUGCGUUCACCACUACAUGCUCCAACAAAAACAGCUUCGCUGAACAUUUUCCGCUUUGCUAGCAGAUUGUUUAGAAACAUUCCGGCUAUUGACCCGGGAUCUUUAUUCGCUGAUCGACAGCGAUAACCACCAUGUCGGAGGGUGCUAACAACCUCGCCCACCGAUGUCCACUUUUUCGUGGCCCAUUCACAAUAGUGUUUCACCCUCGUAAGUAACCACACCGCAAGCGAUUGUCGGUAAAAGUCGGUCGAGUUUGUCGGACGAGCAGAAAACAUGCAACUGAAGUUGGCCGCGUUGGCUCUGGUAGCGGCUGGCCUAUCCUGCUGCCUCGUGUCGGCUACCGAGCGCCAUGGUCAGGAUCCGUUCAACGAUGAAUUUUUGCGCCGAGUACUCGCUCGUGCCCGUAGCUGGAAACCAGACACCAACUUCCGAUCAAACGUCCACUUUCAUGCGUUCCGGUCGCUGAAGGGUAUUGGGGAGAGUAGAACCGGAUUCAAGGUACCGAUCAGACGGUACGAGUACGUGUACGAUAUCGACAUUCCCGAGUCGUUCGAUGCACGGACCCACUGGCCGAACUGUGAUUCGCUGCGUGAAAUCCGCAACCAGGGAACGUGCGGGUCCUGCUGGGCCGUUGCAGCUGCCAGCGUGAUGUCCGAUCGUGUCUGCAUCCACUCGAACGCGACCAUCAACGUAGCGCUGGCUGCCGAAGAUCUGAUGGGCUGCUGUGCCGACUGUGGUAGUGGGUGUAACGGUGGUUUUCUGGAUGGAACCAGCUUCCAGUACUGGGUGGACGCGGGGCUGGUAAGCGGCGGAGCGUACAACUCGACCGAGGGUUGCAAACCGUAUCCGUUCAAACCGUGCGAGUAUCCGUUCCACGACUGUCACGUGGAAAUAUCGCCCAAAUGUACGCACCACUGUCACGACGGUGCCGAUCGGCACUAUUCGAAGGAUAAGCUGUUCGGCAAGGUGGCGUACAGUGUGGCACGGGACGAGCGCGCGAUACGCUACGAAAUCAUGACCAACGGACCGGUGGAGGCUGGGUUCGACGUGUACGAGGAUGUGCUGCUGUACAAGUCCGGCGUUUACCGUCACGUGCACGGUGAGAAGAUCGGCAAGCAUGCGGUGCGCAUUAUCGGUUGGGGCAGAGAAGGCGGUCUGCCGUACUGGCUUAUUGCGAACUCGUACGGCGAGGAUUGGGGCGAUCGCGGGUACUUUAAGUUUGUGCGGGGAUCGAACCAUCUGGGCAUUGAGUCGAAGAUCAUCGCCGGGUUACCGCUGGUAUGAGACAAGCAUCCGACUGAAAAUAAAAUUUCUUUCAGCAUCAACUGCGUA